AUGAUGCUUCCAGCGUCCGCCUCCGACGACGAAGAACGUCUCAUGAUGGACGUCUUCCGCGGCUACAAUUCCUUGAUUCAGCCAGUGAAAAAUAUCAGCGAUACACCAAUCAUCGUGAAAAUCGCUUUGCAACUUGUUCUGCUUAUCAAUGUGGACGAGAAGGAUCAAGUGAUGCAUACCAACGUGUGGUUGACACUGAAAUGGCACGAUUUUCAAAUGCGUUGGAAUCCAGUGAAAUACGGUGAAAUCAGACAAAUUCGAGUGCAGCCGGACAAAGUGUGGCUGCCUGACAUCGUUCUGUUCAACAAGUACGUGGUGGUAGAACAACAUAGGACCUGCACACAACACCACGGUUUUCUACUAGAACUUUUUAAUCAGGCAAUGGAACCAGUCAUCUCACUUCUUCCUUUUAGUGCUGACGGUAACUAUGAAGUGUCAUUCAUGUGCAAUGUCGUCAUAAAUCAUCUUGGUGACAUGCUAUGGGUACCGCCAGCAAUCUACAAGAGUUCGUGCAUCAUAGACGUGGAAUUUUUCCCAUUCGACGAACAAGUGUGUACGUUGGUGUUCGGAUCGUGGACGUAUAACGAGAACGAGAUUAAACUUGAGUUCGAACAAGCCGAAUGGGUUGAUCUGUCCGAAUAUGCGCCGUCUUCCAUUUGGGAUGUGAUGGACGCACCAGCAUCGUUGGUGAAUAAACGCAGUCGGAUAGAAUUUCAAGUGAGAAUCAGGUCAGUAUGA